GAGCGCAGAAUGCUGGGUCAAGGCGGAAGUGUUGGGUGAAGACACAUUUCCCUCUUACAGCUCUGAAUCUGACCUACACACGGAUAAAUCAGAUAUUUAAAACCACUUGACUUGAAUUAAUACGGUUCUACAUGUUAUCUGGUGUCUUAGUUUGAUUCAAGAAGAAGUUUCGAAGUCAUACUGUUAUAUUAUUUAGCUUUGUUAGCUUCGUUAGCUAGCCGGCCACAUUCUUUGAACCGGCGGAACUUCCUGCUUUUUGAAAAUCGAGAUGGAGUUACAAGUGGGAAUUGAACCGAUGACCCUGGGCUCCCCGACCUCUCCCAAGCCGACCCCUGGAGCUCAGUUCCUGCCCGGCUUCCUGAUGGGAGACCUUCCCGCUCCCACCACCCCCCAGCCGCGACCUUUCAACCUGGGCACCUCCAUGAUGGAGAGCCCAGGAACACCCCGAGGUGGAAUCGUCUCUGCUCCGCUGCCUUUUGUCCCGACGCCUAAAGACAAGAGUGGAGCCCCGCCUGUACGCAGUAUCCAUGACGACCUGGUUACUAUGACCACGCCCCUAAAAACACACGGACAGGCUUUUCCAGGCAUGCAGUCUCCUCUUCCUGCCCGGGGGGGUUCAACUCCAGGUGUGCAGUUGUGUCUCUCUCCAGCUCAGGUGGAUCCGUUCUACAGUCAGGGAGAGUCUCUGUCGUCUGACGACCAGCUGGACCAGACCUGGAUCACUGUGUUCGGUUUUCCUCCAGCCUCAGCCUCCUACAUCCUGCUGCAGUUCGCUCAGUACGGAAACAUCCUGAAACACACGAUGGCAUCUCCUGGUAACUGGAUGCACCUUCAGUAUCAGUCCAGCCUGCAGGCCAGGAAAGCUCUGUCCAAAGACGGGAAAGUGUUCGGAGACGCCAUCAUGGUGGGAGUCAAACCCUGCAUAGACAAGAGUGUGAUGGACAGCAGUGUCUCCUCUCCUCUCUCCUCCUCCGUCCUCCCCUCCACUCCUCGCUCCGCCAUCAGGCCACUCAGCGCCGGCUACAAGUGCAAGGCGGCCGGCAGCGACUACCAGGUGUUAGCAGACAGACAAACGCCCAGGAAAGACGACAGUAUGGUUUCCAAAGCCAUGGAGUACAUGUUCGGCUGGUGACAAAACACAAUGCAUCAUGGGAUACCUGCAGCCUUGAAGGAAAGAGAAUCCACGGACAGAUGGAUGAACUGAUUCACUACACUGUGUGUGAGAGUGUAUGAGAGUGUGUGUGAGAGAGUGUGUGUGCUGAGGUUAUUUCUCUCCUUUUAUAAUCAGUAUUUUUUAAUGUUUUUGUCUCCAAUAAAGAUUUUUCUCUGUGAA